AAUGACUGAGUGACACAGGAGACAGAGACCGAGAGAUUGACAGACCAGCUCAAGACUUGAAGACAUACAGUAUCUGCACAAACAGACUUGGUUUAGCAUAAAGAAGAAUUCUAUGUUCAUCAAAAGAGAAAUUUUACAAAGUUACCCAUUAUGACAGAUAACAAGACAAUUCCUAAAUUAUCCAAAACAGAAAGAAAACUUCAGAAAAAAGUUGCAAAAUCAGAGAAAACUUUGUUGAAACACGAUGGAAUUGGAACAUCGGAACAGCCCACUAAGAUUUUGUGUGUCAACAAUGCGGGAUUGGAUGUAGGUGUGUCCUAUGAUGAAGUCGCUGCUGUCUUUGGUCCACUUGGCCCUAUAGAGGAGAUAAUCAUGCUACCCAAGAAACCAUAUGCUUUUGUGUGUUAUGGGGAUGUAGAUUCUGCUGAAAGAGCAAUGACUCAGCUCAGUGGUACAGUUCUUCCAGAGACCCACAGCAGAAAACAAACAGCAACACUGUACAUCUUCUUUGUGUCUAAAGCCCCCCCGGGUCUUUCCCCCACCUCAGAAACUCCUCCUGGUCUGAUUAUCCUGGAAAACUUCAUAUCAGAGGAAGAGGAGAAACAGUUUCUGUCAUCAGUCGACUGGGAAGCGCCUUCACAGGAGAGAAGUGAAUUAAAACACAGGCAAGUGAAGCACUUUGGAUUCGAGUUUAAAUACGGAAUUAAUGAUGUAGACCCCGAUGACCCUCUCCCUCAGGGUAUUCCCAAUGUCUGCUCUGCUUUCCUACAGAGGGCACUAAAUACAGGUCAUGUGACCCACCUCCCUGAUCAACUGACAGUCAACAGGUACCAGGCUGGUCAGGGGAUUCCAGCUCAUAUUGACACAGGGCCUGCUUUUGAGGACGGCAUCAUGUCCCUCAGUCUAGGAUCCCAGGUGCUGAUGGACUUCCAUCACCCAGACGGACGACAGCUGUCUGUUCUACUUCCUCCCAGAAGUCUCCUCAUCAUGACGGGAGAAUCUCGCUACAUGUGGUCACAUGGUAUCACCCCACGGAAGUCGGACAUUAUCCCCUCCACAGAGGGAAACCUGAGUGUCAUACCCAGGGGAACCAGGACCUCAUUCACAUUUAGGAAAAUUAUCCACCCUACAGAGAGGAAAAGGCGAGAGACAACAGAGAGGUCAGAACAAAGACCCACCCUCCCUGUAUCCUCUUCUGAGGCAGAAAAACUGGAGACUCAGCAUGUUCAUCAGGUGUAUGAGGAGAUUGCCUCUCACUUCAGUGGUACCAGACACUCCCCGUGGCCCAAAAUCUCAGUGUUCCUCCUGAAACAGCCCCCUGGGUCAUUAAUGGCCGACAUUGGGUGUGGGAAUGGGAAAUACCUCGGAAUAAACAAAACCAUCUACCAGAUUGGAUCUGAUAGAAGUACAAAGCUAACUGAGAUCUGUAGACAGCGAGGAUUCCAGGCGUUUGUGGGAGACGUUCUGUCCAUUCCUCUACGAUCUGAGGCUUUUGAUGUCUGUAUCUGUAUAGCUGUCAUUCAUCACCUCUCUACAGAGGAGAGGAGAGUACAAGCUUUAACAGAGCUGGUCAGGAUCCUUAGGUCCGGUGGUCAGGCCUUGAUUUACGUGUGGGCAAUGGAACAAGAGAUCAACAAAGUGAAAUCAAAGUACCUUAAGGAGAAAGACUUCAAUGUGGACGACAAUGAUGAUAAUCACUCCAACAGCUGUGAUAAAUGUGAACAGUCAAAGAAAGAUAACUCUGAUAUUCCCUGGGACUCAAAACCACAGGAACAGCCUGGUGGUAAUCAUAAAGAACUUGUUAUACACAAAAACCGGACUCAUUUCCAGCAGCAGGACUUGUUAGUCCCGUGGCAGCUGAAGGGGACAUCAGCGGUGAAGACAGACAAUGUGUUCCACAGAUUCUAUCAUGUUUUUCAGAGGGGGGAGUUGGAAGGACUCUGUGGUCAAGUGUCCGGUUGUCAUGUAGUGGACAGUUAUUAUGACCAGGGGAACUGGGCAGUCAUACUGCAGAAGUUAUAGGGAUUUCAUAACUUAAUAAUAAAGUAUAGAAAAUACC